UGUUGUUGUACAGUUUGGUCCGUGAACGCAGCACAAACUCCCCGGGUGACGUCAGACGUCGGGAUGGAAAAACAUGCGAGGUAACGCACGGUGCACCUAGCCACGGCAUCCUUUACUGAGACCUAAUUCACCGAAAGGGACCAAGUUUUCCAGCUUCCUUCUGUCAAACUAGGACUGUGUGGGGUGGUGGGGAAGGCCUAGUCCCCCACCCCAUGGACAAACAAGGAGCCAUGAGUACACCAGGCAAGGUCAGUGGGCUCAAACCCCCGAGUAAAAUAGCCCGUCCAUCUGGGGUGCCAGCGCGGAUGCCCCCAUCCUCUGCUACUCCAAAGCCAGUCCCUCCUCAGAAGUCCCCCGGCAGUGAGACCUCUCCAGCUCCAGAUGAAAGUGGCGACUUUAAGAUCGGAGAGAAGGUCUGGGUCAAUGGCAACAAGCCCGGCUACGUGCAGUUCAUUGGGGGCACACAGUUUGCUCCCGGGCAGUGGGCGGGCAUCGUGCUGGAUGAACCUAUCGGGAAGAACGAUGGGUCGGUGGCAGGGGUGCGGUACUUCCAGUGUGAGGACGGGAGGGGGAUUUUCACACGGCCUUCAAAGCUAUUCAGGACUGCACUGCCAGAGAAGGAGGUGAACGGAGGGCAGGCCAGUCCAGCACCAGGAGCCUCUGCAACCGAUUCGGCACCUGCUGUGCCCACCUCAGCUGCUCAAGACACCGGCAUAAAGACAAGCGGCGCACUUAACCGGAUGCUCACGUCCAGCGAGUCGGUGUCUAACCUCUCGGACACAGACUCCAUAAAGAAGAACCGAAGGGAGCUGAGGCUGGGAGACCGUGUGCUGGUUGGUGGCACCAAGGCGGGAGUGGUGCGGUUUCUGGGAGAGACAGACUUUGCCAAAGGAGAGUGGUGUGGUGUAGAACUAGAUGAACCUCUUGGAAAGAAUGAUGGCGCUGUAGCAGGGACCAGAUUCUUUCAGUGCAUGCCCCGGUACGGUCUGUUCGCUCCUGUCCACAAAGUGACUCGUAUAGGCUUCCCCUGCACGACACCCACCAAGGCGAAGAGCUCACAUUGGAGGUCGCUCAUCAAGAGGAGUCCCAGUGCUUCCUCCAUCAGCACGCUCAGCUCCGCCACCUCCUCAGUCGGCGGCAAACCCAGCCGAGCAGGACUGCUGACGGAGACGUCUGCCCGGUAUGCUCGUAAGAUUUCUGGCACAACAGCGCUGCAGGAAGCUCUGAAGGAGAAGCAGCAGCACAUCGAACAGCUGCUGGCAGAGAGGGACCUGGAGCGGUGUGAGGUGGCGAAGGCCACCAGCCAUGCAGGAGAGGUGCAGCAGGAGCUGGCUGUGCUGAGGAAAGGGCAGGACCAGUACGCAAUGGAGAUGGAAGCCAAGCUGGACCAGCUGCGCUCGAUGGUGGAGGCAGCAGAUCGAGACAAAGUGGAGCUGCUCAACCAGCUGGAGGAGGAGAAGAGAAAAGUGGAAGACCUGCAGUUUCGUGUAGAAGAAGCCUGCAUCACCAAAGGAGACCUGGAGACGCAGACCAGACUGGAGCAUGCCCACAUAAAGGAGCUUGAGCAGAGCCUGCUCUUUGAAAAGACCAAGGCUGAAAAACUCCAGAGGGAUUUAGAGGACACUAGGGUGGCCACGGUGUCUGAGCGCUCCAGGAUCAUGGAGCUGGAGAGGGAGGUGGCAGAUCUCCAGCUCAGGCUCCGGGCAUCCCAGCAGAAGGAGGAUGCUGUGUCCCUGUCCCAGCAACAGAUCAGCAGCCUCAAGGCCCAGGCACAGUCUCAGGAGAAGAAGAUCAGUGAACUGAGUGUUGACCUGGAGGGCAAACACAAAGAGCUCCAGUCUGUGCAGCAAGAUAAGAGGUCUCUGGAAGAGCAGCUGAGCAGCCUGAGACAAAAGCUGGACACAGCUGAGGAGGAGAGCAGGAGGACAGCACAGACCAUGCAAGAGCUGGAGCAGGAUGUGGAGCAGUCAAAGAAAGACCACCAGAGCCUGAAGGAGCAGAGCCGGAGCAGGGAGAGCGAGCUGAGGGCCCAGCUGACACAGCUCGAGGCGCUGAAACAGCAGAACUCCAAAUACCAGGAGGAGCUCAGUCUGUCGAAGGAGCGCAGCAGCUCAGAAAACCAGCGCAUCGGCGUCCUCUGCAAGGAAAUUGAGGAGCUGAAGUUGGCCUCCCAGAAGUCUCAGCAUCCUGACCAGCACAACGAGGACCGUGACAGGCAGCAGCCAGACAUAAAGAGCAGGGAAACAGAAGGGGAAGUAAACUUCCAGAAAUCCACUGGAGUCGUAAUCUCAGACAAAGAUCGGGAGCUGGAAACUCUGAGGAAUGAGAUUGCGGUGCUUCGAGGAGAAAACGCUGUAGCCAAGACCCUGCAGUCAGCUGUGGAGACACUGGAGAGAGACAAAGCUCAGCUGCAGAGGCGUGUUCACGGUCUAGAGCAAAGGCUCAUGGGAACACAGGCCUCAGAAGGAGAAGACAGGGAGGCAGCACCGUCAGGCGGUGCAGCUCUGGAGCAGCUGAGGGAAGAGAAGGAGUUCGCUGAGGGGCAGAUUAACUUCCUGAACAGUGUGAUAGUGGACCUGCAGCGGAAGAACGAGGAGCUGAAGAUCAAACUGAAGAAGCUUGCUCUGGCUGAGUUUAAUGGCAAGGACGAGACUGACGGGUUCGAUGAAGGUGUGUUAAAGCGGGAAAAGAAGGCAACCCCCCGUCUGUUCUGCGACAUCUGUGACUGCUUUGACCUCCACGACACAGAGGACUGCCCCACUCAGGCCCAGAGCCCCGACUCUAUACCCCACACCACCUACCACGGCAACCCGGCCGACGAGAGGCCCUACUGCGACAUCUGCGAGGCCUUUGGACACACCACCGAGUCCUGCAACGAUGACCAGACCUUCUAGAGGCGCCACAGACUGUCUCCUUCCCUUUUCUCUCCCUCCUGCUCUCAUGCCUGACUGAAGUCCCUGCAGAUUUCCCCAUAAUGUAUUUUUAUACUGUAUUUAUGCAUAUCACUGGUUUCCUCCGUCCCCACUGACGUCCCCGGAGCCCUCUUCUCGUCCAAAUAUGCUGCUUUGGUGCAAUAUCGAUGUUUAUAACAAAAGGAAAGGGGUCCUCCGCACCUGUUGUUUUAACGAGUUUUACGUUUAAGUUUCUAAAAUUGGCCAAAGCGAUUUUGGAGCGUUAUUUGUUAAUUAGCCAAAAUGUGAUGCAACAGAGUGAAGCACCUGUCCAAUGUUCCAUUCCUCAGUUUGCACGGCUGUAGACCUGCCACAGAGCGACACUGCCCCGUCAAACCCUUCGCUGAUGUUUUACUGUUGGAAUGUUGCACAGACAAUAUUCAGGCCACUGGGGGAAACUCAUCUUAGGUUUUAGGAGUAAAAAAAA